GUCACUUCAGACACUGACAGCACUCGCGCAAGGUGUUGACAACGGCGGUCCUGACUGACAAAAAACAUGGCAUCAACAUUUGUAACUCCGAAGGCAACGUUAAACGCGGAUGAAUAUCUGGUGUAUGCUGCUGAUAACGGAUUCUUUGGAGGCGUAAAAGCGGCUUUGAAAGCAGGUGCAGAUAUUGACUUUGAUACGCGGCACUGUGAGAUCUCACCCGCCAUCAUGGCCAUACCACCCUGUACGGCACUGUACGCUGCUUGUGUCAAGGGGUAUGUGGACAUAGUUAGACUGCUGCUCCGCAAGGGGGCGUCUAUGGUGAAGAGAACAGCGCAGUGUCUCGUUCCCCUUCAUGCAGCAGCGGCAGAAGGGUGGACAGAAGUGGUGGAACUGCUGGUGCAGCAUGGUGCAACAGUAGACACACAGGACGAAUCCAAGAACACUCCACUCAUGGCUGCAUGUGGCUACACUCAUGUCGACACAGUUCGGCGACUGAUUGAGCUCGGAGCAAAACCUGACUGUUUGGCAGACUGUUAUAUAGCUCCUAUAACCCCCAAAGCAGCCAAGAGGUUGGGGAAACAACUCGGUACCCGCGAAAACGAAGAGUGUAUGAAGCUGAUACAAGAGGCUAUUAAGACCAAGCUGUUGAGAUGCUGCAACCCUAGGUGUGGCAAACCAGGCUACAGGAAAACCCUGAAGCUGUGUGGCCGGUGCAAGCUGACCCGCUACUGCAGCCGUGACUGUCAGAUACAACACUGGUCUGUCGGACACAAGAAGUGCUGUGGGCAUGACGUGUACACUGACAAAGGACCACCACCCUUCCCUGAUAGGGUCGCGUACAUAGCAAAACGCCUCCUAGAACAUUUCGUCCAAGGGUAACUCUAGUUGACAUUUUGGCUCGUAAUGGCCUAUUGUAUUGACGAGGAACAACUACCCUUCCGUGAUAGACAUAAUCUCCAAGCAGAUCCACGGUGGCGUAAUAUAGUAUCAAACCCACCGUCUGACUCCCUUUGGCCGGCUAUACUCCUUGGUCAACUUUGAUACUAUAUUAUGGCACCGUAGGAUCUGUUUGGAGAUUACAUAGACACGCGUACAUGGCAAGACGCCUCCUAGAACAUUUAAUCAAGGGUAACUCCAUUUUCAACGCUGCAUCCUUACCGACGGCAGGAAAUAGUUUAUUAUUCCAUACACAAAAAGAAUUGUUCUGCACAUGAUACAGCCACAUGAUCAAAUGUAGUCCAAAGUAACAAGUUUGAUGCUACCAGACUUUAUGUAUAAUACAGCUAUUUCUCACUAUGGAUAAUGAUGUUGGCACUUUUUACGUAGAACAUGAUAAAUAUAAAAUGUUGUGGUAAAAGUCAUGCUGUGUUAUACAGUGUUAUACCUUGUUUGGUUUAUCUUAGAAACGAAACUAGUCGGCUUUUUAUGAAACAGCUUUGAGAGACUGUAAGGAUAUGAAUCAUAUGUACAACUUUUACAACGUUCAAUGACGACAUCAUGAAGCACGGUUGACUACACGAUUCUACUACAGCCAUAUACAUGUAGAAUGUAGAAUGAAAGAUCAGACUUUCAGAGCCAUGUUUAUCUCUCACUAUGAAUACAAGUAUUAUUGUGAUGGCAUCUUUAUGUAGAAAAUAACAUGACAUGUUUUCCUGUCUUCUUUUACACAUGUAUUCUGUCCAAAAGGUUAGAGACGGUUUUAUAUUUUUGGUUUGGUUUAUCUUGUUGAUGAUGGUAAAGUUAGAGUGUAUCAUUAAAAGUAGGAUUUUGUUUACAAAGCCACUUCUGUAGUGAACACUUCUAGCCUGGAUGUCAGAUUGUUUCAAAGGACCUCCCCUCGGCUCUAGGACCAACAGUCCUCAAGGAUCACGAGGGUAAAAAAUUGGAGACAUGCUGGCCCUAGAGCCAAGGAGUUAGCCAGUGUAGGCCCAUGAAACAGCCUGACAUCCAGGCUACCACAUUAUCGUUUUCUAUCUAUAGAGUGUUGUUAAAUCAAUAUCACUGUAUAAUCACUGAAGCGUGUUUCACCUAAUAAAAGUAACAGAGCGGA